GCGCGCACGCAGUAGCGAGCGUCUCAUCAAACCAGAGCGGAGCCCAGGAGGAGCUAAACAUGGCGACCUCGAAUAAUCCGCGCAAAUUCAGCGAAAAGAUCGCGUUGCACAAUCAGAAGCAAGCGGAAGAGACUGCUGCGUUCGAGGAGGUGAUGAAAGACCUGAGUAUUACUCGGGCGGCCCGUUUACAAUUACAGAAGACUCAGUAUUUACAGCUUGGUCAGAACCGAGGACAGUACUAUGGCGGCUCUUUGCCAAAUGUCAAUCAGAUUGGAAACACCUCUAUUGACCUUCCCUUUCAGAAUUCAGGAUUGGACACAAAUAGAACAACUCGUCACCAUGGGCUGGUGGACAGGGUCUAUCGGGACAGGAAUCGCAUCACGUCGCCACACCGCAGACCUCUCUCUGUGGACAAACAUGGCCGUCAAAUUGAUAGCUGUCCGUAUGCCUCUGUGUAUCUGUCACCCCCACCUGAUACCAGCUGGAGGAGGACCAACUCAGACUCUGCCCUGCACCAGAGCACUUAUAACCCAAACCCACAAGAUGCAUUUGCAGGAGGAUCUCAAGAUUUCCAGCCAAAACAAGUUCUUCUUCUCACUAUGGCAGGAACAGGGGAAUCUGAGAGUGACAUGGACAACGGAGGUCAAAAGCAGAUAUGGGAUCACAAAAAGACUACAAGGCACGAGUCAAACAAUAUACCUGGAAUCAACAUAUUUCCAUCUCCAGAUCAGGAAAUGACUACAUCUCUAAUCCCAGCGGCACACAACACGGGCGGCUCUCUGCCAGACCUGACCAACAUCCAGAUUCCCCCUCCUCUCCCCACACCUCUGGACCCUGAUGACUCCUCGUCCUCUCUCAGUACCUCCAACAGCACUGGCAACCUGGCCAACACUCACAUGGGCCACACUUCUGCCAGCCAAGCCCAGCCCACAGUGACCAUGAGUAUUCAGCGCCGGCAUGAGAAUGUAGUUCCUCUGAUCCUCAACACCGACUCGCAGCAGCACCAGAGUCUUCAGCAGCUGUCGCCCACCCUCUCUCCUCCGCUCUCUAUAGCACAGGCGGUGGCGAUAGAUGCCAUGUCGCUGGAGCAACAGUUGGCUCAGUAUGCUUUCUUCAGUCAGCCGUCUACACAGACACAGGGGGUCCAGCUCCAGCAGAACAACCAGCUGCCAGCGGUCUCAUGCAACCAGACACAAACCUCUGUGGGCAUUGAUAUUAACACGGCUGCUUCCCUCCAGCAGUACCGCUGUAGGGUGGGGUCUUCGGCCAAUCAGUCUCCAACCUCUCCGGUCUCCAAUCAAGGCUUCUCUCCGGGGGGCUCGCCUCAACACUCAUCCAUUUUCGGAAGUGUCUUUGGCGAUGCCUUUUACGACCAGCAGCUGUCCCCUCGGCAGACCAGCUCUUUGUCUCAGCAGCUGGAGCAGUUCAACAUGAUUGAGAAUUCCUUCGGCUCAAGCAGUCUGUACACUGAGGGAUCCACUCUAAACUACUCUCAUGCUGCGAUGCUUAACCUCACCGGGACUCAAGGCAACAUGCAGGACGCGCCGCAGCUAGGCUACAGCAGCCAUGGGAAUAUCCCCAACAUCAUUUUCACAGUUACAGGAGAGUCUCCCUCGAGCCUAUACAAAGAGUUGUCCAACUUUCUGACAGGUGACGUGAGCUUUGACGCAGAUUCCCAGUUCCCUCUGGAUGAGCUGAAAAUCGAUCCGCUGACGCUGGACGGCCUGCACAUGCUCAACGAUCCAGACAUGAUUCUGGCCGACCCUGCAACAGAAGAUGCUUUCCGGAUGGACAGGCUGUAAUCAUUAGGUAUAUGAUGUUCAUUUGUCCUUUUUUGAGAUCGGUGUGAUUAAGUGGGAGAGGAGCAGCAUGUCUGGGGAACACCUGACCCUGUUUCUCAAAGCCUGUCCUCUGGGAAGAUAUUGCUGAGAAUCUUGCCACAGCAUGCUAGGGGGAAAGUGGAAAAGCAGUGCUGCCACAUCUAAUGAAUCAACCUUUUGAGCAAGCAGCCCAUCGUUUCUUAGGAUAAUACACUCGCACCUCAGCAAUUGUGGUUCCUUUAGCUCUAUAGAGAGAUUGUGACACUACAUAAGAUCCCUCAACGUUCAAGCAUUUCAUUUCCUGUCGAAGCCUCUCCUCGCCUGCCAUACAUGCCUGUUACUUUCCUUUUUUUUCUUUAAAUAUAAAUAUUUAGUUAUGCACUUUUCUACAUGCAUAUGCCACAAAAAAACAUGCUUUUUGAUCUGUUUUGAAUUUAUUUUCACCGAGACAAAUAUACAAAUAUUUCUUGCUUGUAAGAAAAAAAAGGAGUGUUAUUCCUCCCCAUUUUAAGGGCAGUUUUCGUGCAACUGCAACAUGUUUAUCUUUACACAUCGACACUAAUGUACUUCAGUGCAGUCUGAACAUAUGAUUGUAAUGUUUAAUAGAUGUCUAGUUUUAUCACGUUGUGCUCAGUUAGUGGUGCAGUGCUAAUUUGGCUCAAUAUUAUCAAAUUCAUCUGGUUUAAAAGUGUAAAACAGGGAAGCUUAAUAUCAAAAGAAACAUUUACACAUUUAAUGGGAUUAUUGACCCAAAAAUGAAAGGUCUGUGAUCAUUUGCUCACUCUCGCGUUGUUUCAAACCGGUUUACAUUUUGGUUAUGGUUAAGCAUAAAAAAAAAAAAUCCACUUCCGUUACGUUGCUGCUGUCUUAGUGUUUAUGAUAAGUGGAAUGUGAGGGAAAAAAAGAUUUUGCCUUGUUGUUUUGGAUUAAAACAUUAUUAAGCCACGUUAAAAGUAUAGUGUUUAUGACAAGUGGAAUGUGAAAAAUUGGAUUAGAACAUUAGUAAGCCACGUUAAGAUUUUGGAGUGACGUGACAGUGAGUAAAUGAUGACAAAACAUUUGAAUUUGCGGUGAACUAUUCCUUUAAAAUGUGCAGCAUAUGCACAUAAACAAUGUAAAAGCCUUGCAGUUUAUGUAUUAGGAAAUCUUUUCAUGACAGUGAUAUGGUGGUGUUUUAAAUCAACAGAAUUAUAUAUUAAAUGUACAGUAUGUAAUGUUAUAUAGUAUGGCCUAUAAUCUCAGCCAUGGUAACUGGUACAGUCACAAUCAUGCUGCAAACUUUAGCAUUACUUGUUAGUUACUAGUUUACUCUGAAAGAACCAUGAAGACAGUAUGAGAUCGUGAUGAGCGUUUGCAUAUAUCUAUCAGAACUGUUCACUGUGAUAACCAGAUUCUGCCUUAUGCUGAAGAUGCAGUUUUUGUCUGUUUUUGUUCUCCGUAGCUGAAGGUGUUUUCCGGUACUGUAAAAGUUCUCAUUCGUCUUCUGGUGGCUUCGUGAAAUCAUAUGCCCAAAUGGGGAGGUUUACUACUCUUUUUAAAUCCUGUCACUUUCAUCUUUUUCUCAUAUUUCUCAGACUUUUAUACUCUAACCACUUUUGUAAGUGUGACAAUUUUGUUUACAAAAUUGAAAACGUCAAUACGAUCUUAAUGUUUAAAUGAUUGAAAUGCUGAAAAAUAUUUUACGAAAUUUUAUUAUCAGUGUAAAAUUUCUCUACGUACAAGGGGAUAAUCGGAUUUGGAUUAAUAUCUAUGCAAAGCAUAAACAAACACACUAGAUCACAAAAAACAAAACAAAACAAAAAAAAACUAAAGAAGAGGCUCAAACAGAUGCACGGCUUUUACAGCAUCUGUUGGUUCUGAGUCCAUGCAGCUGAAUUUUACUUGUUACUUGGAUUGCUUUGUCUAUUGUCAGCAAAAAGGAAAAAAAGAGAAGCAGUUAAUGCAUGAAAACCGUUUCGAUUGUCCCGUAAGGGAUUCUUCUUGUAAGGGAUCUGAUUGCACCGUGUAAAUUUCCUGUAUAAAACAAAAGCAUGACCUACAUGUGCUUUGUCUCUGACAACUGUUUUCAUGAGGAUUAUGCUUCAUGUGUUCAAAAUGUAAAAUAAUUGACGGGAAGUAUGUGUCAGGUAAUCAGUUACGGUUAUAUUCUUUUACUUGACUGCCUCAUUGAAAAGAACAGCGUUGCUGAAACCAGAAUGUAUUUCAUCAUUUUUAUGUAGGACCAAACAUAUUACUGAAAC